GUCUUUGAGAUCAAUUUAAUGAAUCCUCAGCAGAAUAAGACUCCAGACAAAUCGAACGUCUCUCAAGACCCUGAUGAGCUGGUAGAUGAGUUUGAUGAGAAGAUGGGUCUCUACGAAGAGCAAGACCAUCUUGAUGAGAAAGAUGGACUCCGCCAAGAGACCCACGAAGAACUCGAGGAACUCUUGUCUGACAUCCCACCCACAACAGCAAGUCAUGGCACACCCGUCAAUGACGAACACCACACCACUCCAACAGACUCCACUCAGGAACAAUCAGCAUCUGGCAAUGCCACUGGCCAUGAUGCAGAAAUCCGACAAAUAUUUACACAAUUUGAAGCAUCAGAAGAAACAUCUACCCCAGAAACUCCAACUUCAACAGACUCUAAUGGAAGAAGACCCUCAAUGGCAGAGAUACAGCGCGCAGCAGAUAAUACUAAAGGCAGAGAACGCCAAGAGAUUGCCUUUGACUUUAAUAAGUUCCUUGAACAAAUGAAACGUCGUAGUGCCCACCCAAUCACACGAUAUUUCAAAAGUUUUCUACAGAGAUUUGGACAAAAGUCAUGGACUGUCGCUGAGCAGGCAACAAUCAUCCAAGACUUUUUGAGUUUUAUUUAUGGUAAGAUGCGUGAGUGCGAUGUAUGGAAAGACUUGUCCGAUCGAGAAUUUGAGAAUGCAGAGGAAGGCAUGGAGAAAUUAGUGAUGAACCGUCUGCAUAACGCAACAUUUUCACCAAGUACAACUGAUGAUAAGGAGCGAGACGAAAUAUUGCAUCAGAAGAUGAGUAUCUUUAGAUGGAUUCGUGAAGAGCAUUUGGAUAUCCCUGUCACUGAGAACAACGCAUCAUUCAUGACAUUUGCAGAGACGGAGCUAUUGAAGAUCAACAACUACAAAGCUCCAAGGGACAAACUGAUUUGUAUUCUUAAUUGUUGCAAGGUUAUCUUUGGCCUUAUUAAGCAUGUAGAAGGGGAUGCGGGUGCAGACAAAUUUCUUCCAAUCUUAAUAUUUGUCGUCAUUCAUGCCAACCCACCACGCCUGGUAUCCAAUGUCCAUCCUGAACAUCUUCAAUCCGAGGCUGGUUAUUAUUUGACCAACUUGAUGGGGGCUAUUACUUUUAUCGAGACAAUGGAAGCAAAGUCUCUUUCGAUCACAAAGGAGGAAUUUGAGACAAACAUUGAGCGGACAAUGAACGAACUUCAACAAGAGCGUCCUUCAAUCGCCCACGAUAAGCAAAAGAUUAGCUACGAUAAUGCAGUCCACCCUUCACGAUCUCCUCAAGUACAGCCGCAACCACUAAUUGAUCCUAUAAAGGCAGCUCAAUUCUUGGAAAGAAGCACAAACUUUGCACAAAAGACAAUGCAAAAGCCAUUAAACUUUGUGGGUAAAAUAUUCCAAGGGUUGGGCGAUAGUUCUGCCGGAAGUAGCCGACCAGAGAGUCCCGAAGAUGACGAAGAAGCGCGUCAAAGAGAGCGAUCUCAGGUUUAUUAUCAGCAACAAAGGCAGCUACCCCCAUUACCUCACCAACAACAGCAACAGGAGCAAGAACAACAGUAUAUCCAGCAACAGCAAUAUAUUCAGCAACAGCAGCAACAAAGAUACGGCGGUGGUCAAUGGGAUACAAAUCAGGAUCCUAAUGUAAUUUAUUACCAACAUCAACAACAACAACAGCAACAACAAUAUCAACCGCAACAUUAUGGCACUUAUCCACCACAGGGUCAUUAUGCACAGCCGAUUGUCCCUGGACUAAAUACCGAACCUGAGACAGUGGCGCCAAGAACGGUACCUUUACCUGACUUACACCAGGAGGCACGUCAGCUUUUCGACGACAAUUUGAAGCAGAUUCUUUCGAUAUUCCCUAAUGUAGAGCCUGAUGUGUGUUUUAUGAUUCUUCAAGCAAAUGAUGGCCGAGUCUCACAAACGGUUGACACUCUUUUGGAAAUUGCUGAUCCCGAGGUAACCAAACCUUCUAUUGCUCCAACCGCCUCUCCAUCCCCUACCUCAUUACCUCCAGCUGAAGCUCCAGCUCCGGCUCCAGCUCUAGUUCCAUCUCCAGCUCCAACUGCUGGUGAUGAUAUUACGGAGAAUGAUCUUAUUAGGAUGUAAAAGAUAAUAAUAAAAAUAAUAAUAACAAUAAUAAUAAUAACAAUAAUAAAAUAAAAAUAAAAACU